ACUUCUAACUCAGCUGUGGGAGGAUAGGGGUAAAUAAACACCUGUCAGAUCAUCUGUUGGAAAAUGCUCAUUAGUGUCUAGCUUGUUUGGUGUGUUUUUUUUUAUAGAUAUAUUUGAGAGAGUAAGAGCCAUGAGUGUGGUACAGGCAGUGAAGAGUUACGUGAACAAGAUGAUCACUGAGAGUGAACCUGGAUACAAGAUUAUGCUCAUGGAUAAGGAAACUACAUCAUUUGUGAGUGUAGUUCUUGGCAUGAGUGAGGUGAUGCGCCAGGAGGUUUACAUGUUUGAGCGACUUGACCAGACUAGUUCUGGGGAAAACAUGGCUUACCUCAAGUGUCUAGUGUAUAUCAGACCAACUAGAGAAAACAUUGAUCUACUUGCACGAGAACUUCAGAAACCUAGAUAUGGAACAUAUUAUAUAUAUUUCAGCAAUGUGGUAAGCAAGAGUGAUGUGAAGCUUCUUGCAGAAGCAGAUGAACAUGAAGUAGUGCGGGAGGUGCAAGAGCUGUAUGCUGACUACCAAGCACUUUCCCCACAUUUGUUCUCACUCAACAUGCCCACACAUAGUCUUGGCUUGAAAUGGGCAGGAGGAGCUUUACAACGAACAGUUCAAGGCUUGGCAGCUGUGUUGUUUAGCUUACAAUUCCUUCCGUCCAUCCGGUAUCAGAACAACUCGGAAAUGGCUCGCUGUCUUGCAGAGAAUAUUCGGCAAACGAUUCUAACAGAGAGCUCCUUGUAUAAUAGCACUGAGGCUGAAGGCAAUACACUGCUUCUUAUCCUUGAUCGCAGAGAUGACCCUGUCACACCACUCCUCCAUCAGUGGACAUAUGAAGCAAUGGUGCAUGAGCUCCUUGGUGUUAACAGCAGUCGAGUGAGUCUGGCCCAUGUGUCUGGUGUGUCUGAUGACUUGAAAGAAGUUGUCAUGUCACCUUCCCAAGAUGAAUUUUAUGCCAGAAGUAUGUACCUGAAUUAUGGUGAAAUUGGACAGACCAUUAAGAAUCUGAUGGAGGAGUAUCAAAAGAGACUGUCCAAACAGCAGAAAGUGGAAUCCAUAAGUGACAUGAAGAAUUUUGUGGAGAGUUACCCACAGUUCAAGAAAAUGUCUGGAACAGUGAGUAAGCAUGUGACAGUGGUGGGAGAGUUGUCACGUCUGGUGGGUAACCACGGUCUCCUGCAGUUAUCCGAGUGUCAACAGGAACUUGUUUGCGGAUCUGAUCACAACGUAAAUCUUCAGAGGAUAUAUCAGCUAGUGACAGAUCCUAAAGUCAGGGAGCUGGAUGCUGUAGUUCUGGUGAUGCUUUAUGCUCUCAGGCAUGAAGGUCACCCUAACAAUGACACACGAGGGCUUGUAAAUGCACUUAAGAAGAGGAAUGUUAUAGACCGUUACUUAAAGUUGUUGUCAUCUUUAAUGGACUUUGGAGGAGCAAGAGCCCGUCAGAGUGACUUGUUUGGCACCCAGGUUCCACAAGAUGUGUCUACAAUUAAGAAGCGUCUCUUCAAAGGAUUGAAGGGUGUAGAUAAUGUGUAUACUCAGCACAAGCCUCUGCUGCUAGAGACACUAAUGGAGCUGAUGAGGGGCCGUUUACGUGAGGGAGCUUUUCCCUACUGUGGCAACCCAACCUCCUCAGUAGUAGCCAGACCCCAGAAUGUAGUUGUGUUCAUCGUGGGAGGAGCAACAUAUGAAGAAUCUGUUGCAGUUCACCAGUUCAACACCAACAAUCCUGGAGUACAUGUCAUUUUAGGAGGUUCCACCAUACACAAUUCCUCCACUUUCUUAGAUUCUAUGGAGUCAGCAAUGGAAGGUAUUCCACGUAAAACUCUUAGAAUAUAAACAUCUUAUAUAUUCAUGAAGCUUGGUCUGUUAAAUUAUUGCAGGUCAGUCUGACAAGGGAUAUUUUUAAAGUUUAGGUAUGUAUAACUAUAUGUAUGAUUUUAAGCCUUGAUCAACAAAUAUUAAUAUGUUAGAUAAAAGGACACAUGUGCAGCUAAUGCAACAUUUUAUUGUGGCAACAUUUUGCUGUCCAGGAGCUGCUCAAGCUCCCAGAGUGAAAUGAUGCCACAGAAUAAUGUUGCAUUAGUUGCACAUGUGUCCUUGUACUUAACAUAUUGUUGGUAAUUCUACCAACAUUAUUACAAAUAUCAGCAUAACAUUUCACAUGAGCAUAUUAUAACUAUCAAUCUUAAUUUCUUGCAGGUAUAUUAUAACAGUGUUGAUUCAAAGGUACCUUAACCUUACUCAUGUUAGAUUAAGGUGCAUUAAAUUAUGUAUGUAUAAUAAAGUUGGUUGAGGUUGUUAGUUUAGUUAUAGUGAAUUAAUAACAUGUUUAUUGGUGUGGCCACAUUGAUCAUACCAGUUGCAUUGCUUAAGAGAACAAAACAAAACUUUCCAAUUUUUUAACUAUUCCUAUUGAUGAUAUAUGCUGCAAUCAUAUAUAUUUAUAUAAAUGUUAUUCUUUUGAAUGAUGAAGCCUGUAAAGUUUCAAGUAUGCUAGAAAAUGUUUUUAAGGUAUUAGUUUUUAUAAUGAAACAUGCAUCUGCACUUCUAUAUACACAACUUUAAUGUACACUCUGGCCGUCUCCCACCAAGGCAGGGUGACCCGAAAAAGGAACACUUUCACCAUCAUUCACACUAUCACUGUCUUGCCAAAGGAGUGGAAAAAAACCUUCUUUUUUAGUAAAUUAUGCUACAUAAUCAAAGUGCUGUUGUGACUUGAUGGAUUGAGGGAAAACCCACAUGUAGACAGAAGUAAAAUGUAAAUAAGAGGCUGUAUAUUUCAGUCUCUGUCUGGUAUCUUAAGUAGUCAUUGCUGAAGAUUAUCUCAGACAGGCGAGUUCUCUUUUGUGUUUCAUUAUGUUUCUGUCUACUUGUGGGGUUUCCUGAAUACGUAGUUAAUUGUUACUAUUUUUCCUAGCUGAAUGAAAAUCCCUUGGUGUGCAACAACUAGGCUUAGCUAAACAUUCCUUAAAUACAUGAAAGCCAAAAAUUUUUUGUAAGUGCUGUACACAAUGUUACCAAUGAACUGUUGUGAUAAAUUUAAAAAAAAAAUACAAAAUGAGAGACUCGCUAAAAUCAAAGUACAGUACAUAUUUGUCUUUCUUUCAACUGAUGCUUUUACUCGAGUACUGGUAAAACUACAAAUUCAUUAACAGACAUAAAUGGAGGUGCGCACAAACAAAAUUAAGUAAAUAUAUUAUUUAAGUUUUACACAAGUACAAACAAUAACAUUUUUCCCUUGUGUAAUAGUGUGAUCAAAUUUAGCGAGUUUCUAAACUUGUAUGUAAUUACUUAUGUGUGUAGUAUUGGAUUUUUGUUUUAAUGGCAUGUACAGGUAUAAUAUGGAUAUGAAGGUGCAGUGUUCAUAUAUAGAAUACUUUCUGUUGGCUGUGUAUUCCAGCCUCACUGUAAUGUGACUGUACAUAUUUAUGAAAAUAAAUUAAACAAGUAUUUAA